UCUAACCACUAGACUCUCUCUCUUAUUCACAAUUCACUCAUUUCUCUCACUAACUUUGGCAUCGGAGGAGAUCCCAGGAUCCCCCUAAGGACCUUUCCUGCAGGGUUUCAUAGACCGCCCCCGACAAUCGAAAGUCGUUCGAAGUCAGUGAAGUCUCACAAAUCGUCUGGUACAGACCAGACACAAACAUUUUGGCGCCCACCGUGGGGCCUCACGACUUCGUUAUGGAAAAGAUGGGAGACGAGUUCGAGACCCCGCUCAAAGGGAUGACCAAGAACAACACCCUUCGAGGUCUGUCGCAAAGAAUUGAAGACGAAAAAGGGCUAGAGGAGGUGGCCAAAAAUCAGGGCCAACAAAUCGCGAGCAUGCAAGACAGCCUCGUCCUCCUCCAGCUCCUAAAGACAAAAGAAGACCCCGCCGAGGGUUCAAGAAGGAGAACACGUGAGGAAAAGAAGAAGGCCAUCCACGUCUUCGACAGCCCUGCUCAGAUAGAAGGCAGAGGACCGGAGGGGGAAGAUGCGGACCUUAGUUUCCUCGAAGAGCACCUGCAGUCGACAUACGGAAAGCAUAAGAGUCCGAACGUUCUUCAAAACCUCCUGUUGAAAGAACUAUUCACAAUUCCGGUUCUCCCUAAUUUCUCAUCCUUGGGAUUACCCACAUACAGCAGGACGUCAGAUCCCGCGGAUCAUCUUUGUGCAUUCAUACUAAAGAUGCAACUCAUCAACGCGUCGAACUCAGAUUUGUGUUGCGCGUUCCCGGUCACGUUCAGCGGCUAGUGACGAACGUGGUACACCUCCCUCCCGGAAGGGAUAAUCGAGAAUUUCGAACAAUUCGCGAUGUUGUUCUCAACAAAGUUCGGGUCCCAACGACGCCGCAAGCUCACUGUCUCGGCUCUCAAAAAUUGCAGACAAAGAAAGGAGGAACCGCUUACGGAAUUCUACGACCGGUGGAAUGUGAUCGCAUGUGAUAUACAAGGCAUCUCACCGGUAGUAGUUGCAGGCAACCUCAGGAUGUUCACAAGAAGCAUCAAGCAAGGACCCUGAUAAAAAAGGAAUCCACAUUAUCGUCGUGGUCAGAUCUGGACCAGUUGGUACGGAGAGCGAUACUGCUCAAGGAAGCAUUGGCCGCCGACGACCUGAGCCGACAAGGCCGCCCUCGGGUCGAUACCCAAGAACGUGGGGACGCUCGACGUGGAAGACGCUACCCGGAGCGAAAAGCGUAUAGAAACAGUGACACAGAGCGUGAAAGUAGAAGGGAAGUAUUUUCCACCGACCAAUAGCAGGGAAGAGAAAGAAGAAGAGGCGGCAAGAAAUAUGAGGCGCCCUCCGGAUAGGAGCCACAGGAUGAAAAUAAGUGGUGCAACUGGCACCAAAUCACUACCCAUGACCCCGUCGAGUGUAGGGAGUUCAAGGCCAGCCUCAGAUACCUCACACUGGGGGAUCUUCGAAACCGCUUAGAGACACGACGACCGCAUAGGGACCACUCCCAAGAAACGCGAGCAGGAUCCUGAAGUCCAGAAGCGGACAAGAAAAAAAGGUCAAGAUCCCCGACCAGGAACAAAGCCAUCUCUCCCCAGAGGCAGUCCCCCGCCUACAGACAACCACACAAUGAUAACGACAGAAUGAAAAUUAUAACAAUCGGGGAUAUUAUAAAAUGCAGGAGCUACCUACCAAAUGGAUAUUACCGGGUAUGCUUCCACUUUGAUAAUAUUUGUCGUGUGAAGGAUUUGAUGCAUAAUAUCAAACCUUGUCGAACAUCUCCAAGGCCACAUUGAAAACAAUGAAAAGUUUCGACGGACACCAUUGGAUUACUCAAGUAAAAAAAGGAAGAAGUCGAUUUGAUUACUGAAAUUGCAGAAUGAACCGUAUUCUUCUCCGGUCUACAUCUAUGGUAUUUAUACAUAAGAGAUUAAGAGAGGAAAGAGAAAGGGCGGAAAAUAACUAACCACUAAUUGACUCUAAACUUAUUACUAUUUAGUAUCUAUACUAGCUAGCUUAACCUAUCAUCCUAAUCUUAUACAAGUGUACACUAUACUACCUAAACUAUCCUAAUGAGUUAAAAAAGGUCUAAUAUAGUCUUAUGAACACCUAAAAGCAAGGUUGUCAACCCGCGGGUUGACCCGAACCCGGUCGAGCUAGUUGGUCAAGGGUUAAUGGGUCAACCGUUUUAGCCCGGUUUGGCCCGGAAAUAUAGAAAAAGUCAUUAUGUUGUACUUAUCCUCAUAAAUUAUAUCAAAUCUUAUCUAACAUAUGACUUAUAACAUAGAAUAUUACACCAAAAUAACAUAUCGUACUUAGAUCCAACAUAUAGUGAAAAUUCACACACACACUUAUAUAACAUAAAUAUUCAAAUGUUCAACUUAGGAUUCCAAAGAUUGAGUUAGGCGAAAAGAAAAAUCGGAAAAUAAGCACAUUUCGCAUACCAAAGAAAAAAAUGACACGAUUUGACCUCCAACCCGGUACCUUGUAGCGGUCGACCCGGCGGGUGCGUACGGCCCAUUUUUCUCACCGGGUCAGGGUCAAAAUGGGUUGACCCGCGGGUUGACAACCUUGCCUAAAAGUCAGCGCAAACCACAUACGAACAUUGUAUUCUUGAGCUAAUUAAUUAUAAGGUGGCUACUUCGGUGCACUCACUUUUCAUCUUUAAAAGUGUCCAUAAUACAUCAAAAUUUUGAAC